AUGAAGUGGUGCGUGCUCCUAGCGGCUUGUGUCCUGGCAGCAUCCGCAGAACCCAUUAUAUAUUUCCGGGAGCAAUUUGAAGAUGGUGAUGAAUGGCAGAAAAGAUGGGUUGAAUCCAAGAACAAAUCUGACUAUGGAAAAUGGCAGCUGACAGCCGGAAAAUUCUUUGGUGAUCCAGAGAAAGAUAAAGGUAUACAGACCACUCAAGACUGGAAGUAUUACGCACUGUCUGCACGGUUUGAGCCAAUCAGCAAUGAGAACCAGACGCUAGUAAUACAAUUCACUGUUAAACAUGAGCAAGCAAUUGACUGUGGAGGCGGCUAUGUGAAGUUAUAUCCGGCAGACAUUAACCAAGAGCAGAUACAUUCAGAUUCCGUUUAUUGCAUCAUGUUUGGGCCUGAUAUAUGUGGAACGAUCCAUGAAAAAGUCCAUGUUAUACUGAGUUAUAAGGAGAAAUAUCAUUUGAUAACCAAGAACAUAACAUGUAAGCACGACGAGCUCACACACUUGUACACCCUGAUUAUCCGACCUAACAACACAUACGCAGUGAAGAUUGACAACGAAGUGGUGGCAAACGGGACCCUGGAGGAAGACUGGGACUUCUUACUACCUCGCAAAAUCAAAGAUGAAAACGCCACAAAGCCAGCAGACUGGGACGAGAGACUUAAAAUUGAAGACCCCAAUGAGCCAAAGCCAGAUGACUGGGAUGAGAGAGAGUUAAUUCCAGAACCAGAGUCCAAGCAGCCUCGAGACUGGGACUCCAGUAUGGACGGGCAGUGGGAACCUCCGAUGAUUCCAAAUCCAAAUUACAAGGGAAUUUGGAAACCAAAAAUAAUAGACAAUCCGCACUAUCAGGGAGAGUGGGUCCAGCCUGAUAUUGAUAAUCCUGAUUACGUACCAGACGACACUUUAUAUAGAUAUGACGAGCUUGGGGUUAUUGGCCUGGAUCUCUGGCAGGUGAAAUCUGGCACAAUUUUCGAUAACUUCUUGAUUACCAAUGAUGAAGAGUUAGCUGAGACAAUUGGAAAUGAAACAUGGGGGGAAACCAGGGAACCAGAGUUGAAAAUUAAGACGAUGCAAGACGAGGAAAGGGAUGCAAAAGAUGAAAAGAAGCAAAGAUGGAAAAAGUUAGAGGAAGACUUUGCAAGACUGGAUGAGCUGGAGAAGCAAGAGAAAGAAAGAAAGACAAAGCUACGGAAAACAUUACAAAAGCAAUACGGAUUAGACUCAACUCCGGAACAGACACAGUUACCUCAACCUCCACCACCUAAAGACGAGCUGUGA